GACUAUUUAUACCCCUCGCACUGUUGUGAUUAACACCAUCGCCAUUCGAGUGCAUUUCGAGUCCCUGUCCAUCAGCCUAAAUAUAAUUUUCAUUUUCGCAGUAGAGCCAUGAAAUCGCGAAUGAAGGAUAAUGAUAACGUCCGAUUAAUCAUUAACAAGACGAAAUAUUUGAUAAUCGGGGUUGGGGGCCUGAUAGCGUGUGGCCUGUUUGUUUCGACGUUGAUGUUGAAUAUCGACAGUCCUUUGAUUUGUUCGUUCGCCGGAUCGCGAAACGAUCCGGCGAACGCACAGUUGGAGACGGUUCUGCACUACGCCACGUCGCGCAUGGUCCCGCAGCAAACGAAGGAGGAGAUUAAGCUGUCGUACGACGUUCUGCGCAAGCGAGCGCCGUGCAAUUUUCUUGUUUUCGGGCUGGGCCUGGAUUCGCAGAUGUGGAAUGCGUUUAAUCCUGGUGGGAAAACGAUUUUUCUCGAAGAGGAUCCGAAAUGGCUGCAGAAUGUGUUACAGGAGGCCCCGUUUUUACGUGGAGAGUACAUCAAGUAUCGGACACAGCUGACGGAAGCUGAUGAGCUCUUAAAUUCGUAUAAAUUCGAGCCGGAUUGUGAUCCGUCUAAGGGGAUUCCCUUGAAACAAAAUGAGAAGUGCAAAUUAGCGUUGAAUAUGCUUCCGGACGAGGUGUACGAGACGGAGUGGGAUUUGAUUAUGAUCGAUGCCCCGAAGGGGUACUUUGCGGAGGCACCGGGGAGAAUGGCAGCGAUUUACUCAGCCGCGGUGAUGGCGAGGAACCGGAAAGGACCGGGAGGGACGCAUGUGUACUUGCAUGAUGUUGAUCGAAAAAUCGAGAAGACUUAUGCAGAGGAGUUUUUGUGUCGAAAGAAUUUGGUAAAGGGUGAAGGAAGGUUAUGGCAUUUUCUCAUUCCUUCCGCGGUGAAUACUCCUGCUGCUAAAUCCAAGUCCUUUUGCUAGAUUCCGUCGUCUCUUUUUAGUUGUUACCGACUUGUUUUAUCAACUUUGUAAGUUUCAAACAGAUUGAAAAAACCCACUCUGGGUUUGAUAAUGUAUCAGGAUUGGAGAUUAAUAUGAUGGAUUAGUGGUUGAGUUUGUUUGAAUUGAGCAUGAUUAGUAAAGCCUAUUUAGCAGUUGCCUCAA